AUGGAUUACAACAGAAUAUCAUAUGGCACAUUAAAGCCAUGUUUGGCUAUUUUGGAUGUUUUUAUUGCAUUUUUUCUAGUUAUGCUGAUUCUGCUGACAAUUAUCGGUAAUGUACUCAUAGUUCUUUCUGUCGUUGUUUAUAAAAGAAUGAGAACAUUCACUAAUCUUCUUCUGACUUCUUUAGCUACAGCUGAUUUAUUGGUUGGAUUAAUUGUUAUGCCUCUAUCAUUACUUGAUUUGCUCUAUGAACACCGUUGGCCGUUAGGAAAACUUCUUUGUGGCGUUUGGGCUACAUCAGAUGUUCUACUAUGUACUGCAAGCAUUUUGAAUUUAUGUGCUAUAAGCUUAGAUCGCUAUAUGGCCAUCACAUCUCCUCUCAAAUACACUCGUACCAGAUCGAGGGGAAUGGCUGUUGGUUUAUUAUCCUCUGUUUGGAUUCUUUCAUUUAUAGUUUGUACACCACCUUGGAUUGUACCCGGCUGGAACAUUUUUGAGCAGAGCAAACAGCAACAAUUAUCAAAGAAUGUUAGUGCGGAUUCAUCCGAGAGCUUUCAAUGUGCUUAUUCAUUAUCAGUUCCAUACAGAAUAUAUAGUGCUUUAGGAAGCUUUUAUAUUCCAUUGGCGGUUAUGCUUUCCGUCUAUUUUAAAAUAUUUCGUGUUGCCUCCGAACGUGAAAAUUUAAUGAGAAACUCUGUAGGUAUCUGGAGAUUGAGUAAACGUUGUAAAGGAGGACAGGGUAACAAUUACAACUAUCUACGAACUGCUAGCGCUCCUCAUGCUCAUAUUCGAAAUCGUCAGCAGGGCUCUCUAGGGCAAGUAACAACAGCAACAAAACCAUUUUCAUAUCGAAGUGCUACGGCAUAUGAAGAGUCUACUGAUAAUGACAAAGAGAAAAUGUAUGUUGAGCUACACACUGAACGAACAACUGUAGAAGAUGGACCAGAGACGUCAAGUGCGGAAGCUUCAAGCAAUUCUAAUCAAAAUCGAGUUCUAAACCGUGAAUACCACUCAUUAGCUGAUAUUGCUCAACAAGCUGAAUCUAAGAACAAAAAGAAUGCGAGAGACAAUUUAGUAACAGAGGAAGUCAUCAUCAGAAAAUUAGAGAAAACAGAAGAUUUGGUCACAACAUCAAUGGAUGAAUCGGUUAGAACUCGUUACCACCCUAACAAUUUGCUUCAGAAGGCUUACGAACAUUAUCAAAUCAAUGGUCCAGGAAAAACGACCAGAGGCUCUAAAGAGAAGAUGGUCUACUUAAGAGAGAGGAAAGCAUUGAAAACGAUUGGAAUUGUCGUAUUAGGAUUCAUUGUAUGUUGGAUGCCAUUUUUUGUAUUAUAUCUAAUAGAAGUAUUUACUCCCUCCAUUAACGAAUCUCGAUGGUUUACAAUCAUUAAUGAAGUAUUCUUAUGGCUUGGUUAUUCAAACUCGGUAUUAAAUCCAAUAAUCUAUACUAUGUAUAAUAGUGAUUUUCGUCGAUGUUUCCGUGAUUUACUUUCAUUUGGGUGUAUGAACAAUCAUCGACGAACAAUGAGUGUCAAGAAACUUCAUCAACAGAGUACAAUGUUUUAA